UUCUGGUUGCGUGUUCAGGAAGGGAGAGAGGGAGGAGGAUCCACGUAAUGUGAGCUGCUGUCAGGAAACGAAAAAUGACAGGAAUACAGGUCAGAGUCAAGGACCUCCUGCGAUGCUUAUCGGUGUCCAAAACAGCUUCGCGUUUCUCUGAGAGACAGCGUCGCGCGCAGAUGCUCUCUCAAAACAAAGAUGUUACUGCAGUGUCUCCAUCCAAGAGAGCAAGAACAGAAACAAAGCCUGAAGAGGCAAAAUACGUGCUUAGAUUUUCUAAACUUUCGGAGCAUGCCACAACACCGACACGAGGUUCUGCAAAAGCAGCAGGAUAUGAUCUCUACAGUGCUUAUGAUUACUCCAUUGGUCCCCUGGACAAGGCGAUUGUGAAGACAGACAUCCAGAUUGCUGUUCCUCAUGGCUGUUACGGCAGAGUUGCACCAAGAUCUGGACUGGCAGCUAAACACUUCAUUGAUGUUGGUGCUGGUGUUGUAGAUGAAGAUUACCGGGGUAAUGUAGGAGUCGUGCUCUUCAACUUUGGCAAAGAAACAUUUGAAGUGAAAAAGGGUGACAGAGUUGCUCAGCUGGUGUGUGAGAAAAUCUGCUACCCAGAUCUGGUGGAGGAAGAGACUCUCGAUGAAACUGUUCGUGGUGCUGGAGGUUUUGGAUCUACUGGGCGCAACUGAGGGCUCCAUAAUGUUACUGUAUCAGCAAUAAGUUGUUUUUCUAUGGUAAUAAAAACUAGGUGCUAAUAAAGUCA